GCGAGUCGCCUCCGGGGCCCGGUCAGGCCGCCGCUGGGCUCUGGGCCGCCGUGCAGGCCGGCUUUAUCCGUGGCCCGGCCCGGCCGUGACCCCGAGCCAGCGCCGGGAGCCUCUGGGGCCUGCGGGCUGCCGCCGAGGCCUGCUGCCGCCUCCCGCGGCCAGGCGGCCGGGGCAGGACCGGGGGGCUGUCGGCGAAGGCUGAAAUUAAUCCUAUAAUAUCCCUGCGGCAGCGUGGGGAGCGGGGGUCUUUGGUGCUUGUCCCGCCGGUCGUUGACCCCAUCCUGUGCUGUCCCCGUGUGCGCGGCUGUUAAAAGGGAUUAUCUUAAGCUUGAAACAUCAACGCUUUGACUAGCUUACUUCUGCAGCAUGCCACACAAGAUCGGUUUUGUAGUUGUUAGUUCAUCAGGAGAGGAAGAUGGCUUCAGCGCAAAAGAGCUGAUGGUUCAUGCACCAACAGUGAAUGGAUGGCGAUCACCCAGACUCUGUCAGUAUCCACAGGAAAUUAUUCUGCAGUUGGUGGAGAGAUGUCGAAUACGAAAGCUGCAGUUGCUUGCUCACCAGUACAUGAUUUCAAGCAAGAUUGAGUUCUACAUCAGUGAAAGCUUGCCUGAAUACUUUGCUCCUUAUCAGUCAGAGAGGUUUCACAGACUAGGUUAUGUCCCUCUCUCAGACAACGAAAAGACCAAUUUCAAAGCACGAGAGUUAAAAUCUGUCUAUAUGGAUGCAGUUGGCCAGUACCUGAAGCUGAUUUUCCAUAAAAAUUAUGUCAAUAAAUACAAUGUAUAUGGUCAGGUUGCCCUAGUAGCUAUAAACAUUAUUGGAGAUCCAGCAGACUACAGUAAUGACAGCAAUAAUACUUCUUCCAGAGAGAAGCUGAUAGACCAUUACUUAGGAAUUAAAUCAGAUGAUCCUGCGUUAGAUGGAACUUACCUCAGGAAACCUGACUCCAUUUCGCCUCUGGACGAUUUGGCUUUUGACAUGUACCAGGAUCCAGAAGUUGCUCAGAUCAUACGUAGACUGGAUGAGAAGAAGCGCGAAGCUGUCCAUCAUGAAUACUAUGAUUAUGCCAAGAAACUCAAGCAAGCUAUUGCAGACUUGCAAAAGGUAGGGGAACUACUUGGACGGUAUGAAGUAGAGAAGCGUUACGCUGUAGAGAAAGAGGAUUAUGAUCUUGCUAAAAAGAGGAAACAGCAAAUGGAAGCAUACCGCCUGAAGGUGUAUCAGCAGCUGGAGCUCCACGAUCUUCUGGACGCCAAGCUGAUGAUUCAGAAACCAUCUGAAUUGUCUUUGGAACCUACGGUUUUUACUGACAGUCCUCAGCGCACAAAAAGUACAAAUUCACCUCCUUGUGAGCACACAGAACCACAAAAAGGAGAGCUGCGGAAAGCAGAGCCUUUGCUGGAAAAGAGGUCACCAGAUCCCACCUCUGCUGAGCCCAUUAUUCCCCAUCAAUCCCCUCCUCCUCCUGUGACUCAUCCCACAACCUCUGGGGGAGCGUUUCCCAAAGAAAGUGUUGAAUUUUUGCCUUAUGAUGAGAGACCUCUUCCAGCUGCCUGCAAACAGUCUGAUGAAGCAAUUGCAUACCUUGAGCCAGAGGUGACUGAAGAGUAUAUCAGCGAUACUCCAAGGAGCGGCAUUACUGGGGAACCAGAAACCUUAACUGAGAAGGCACUGAGGGAGGCCAGCCCCGCUAUUGAAGUUUUUGGAGAAGCUUUGGUUUCAGGAGCAUAUUCCAAAACUUGGUCGUAUCGAGAAGAUGCGUUACUAGCAGUAUAUAAGAAGCUGAUGGAAAUGUCGGUAAACACUCCAAAGGAUGAUUUAAAAAACAUGCUGAGGGCUGCCAUUUUUCUUGUAAGGAGAGCCAUCGAAGACAUAGUGUCUUCCGUUUUUCAAGCUGCCCUGAAACUUCUAAAAAUGAUCAUUACCCAAUAUAUACCAAAACAUAAACUGGGAAAACUAGAAACUUCUCAUUGUGUGGAAAAAACGCUUCCUAAUUUGCUUUCUAGGACGGGAGACUCUUCUUUACGCCUUCGCCUCAUGGCUUCUAACUUUAUUCAAGAAAUGGCACUGUGCAGUGAAGUUAAACCUCUUCAGAUUGUUCCAGUUCAUCUGGUUCAACCAUUAAAACCAAACUCCCCCAGACGUCUGGCAAUGAGUCAAGCGGAGUUAGUGGAAUACCUCUUGAAAGAAAUGGGAACUGAAAACUCGGGGUUUACCAUCACCAACGUCAUGAAGUUUGCAACAGGAGCUUUGGAGCACAGAGUUUAUGAAGUUCGCGAUGCAGCAUUGCGGAUUAUCUUUGAUAUGUACAGGAAGCACAAGGCUGCUGUACUGGAAUAUCUUCCUCCAGAUGAUGCAAGCAUUCGCAAGACUGUUCUCUAUAAAACACUCUUUGAUGGAUUCACUAAAAUAGAUGGUAAAAUUUCUGAAGCUGAAAUCAGGGCACAGAGAAAGGCAGCAACAGAAAAAGCAGAGAAACAGAAGAAGGAAGAAAUAAAAGUUCUGCAAGAUCAGCUGGCAGCUUUAAAGGAGACAAAAGCAGAAGUUCAAGCUGGAGUUUGGGAGAAAGAAUGUGAUUUUCAGAAGCCAAAGAAUCAAGGUUACCAGGUAAAUGAAAGCCCACAGCCUGCAGCAGCAGAGAUUGCAGAUGAUCAUUCCUCUGGUGCAAAUUACGUGGCUAACAUGUGUGUGUUUUGUGGUGAAAGGGACAAAUCCUUUACAGAGGAAAGAUUGGAUCUCCAUUACUGGAAACACUGCCCUAUGUUAACCAGAUGUGAGCACUGCAAGCAGGUGGUGGAAAUAGCAGGCCUGACAGAGCACUUGUUGACUGACUGCGAUAAAAAGGACAGCUUUAGGAAAUGUCCGCGGUGCACUGAGGCCCUUCCAAAAGACGAGUUGCCCAAACAUAUUAAGAGCAAGACUUGCAAUUCUGCCAAACCAGAGGACGUGGCAAACCAUUGCCCGUUGUGCCAUGACAACUUUCCCCCAGGAGAGGAGGCCUGGAAAUCUCACUUAAUCGGCAACAAUGGCUGUAAAAUGAAUCAGCGAAGGUUUUCCACAAUGAAUAGAACUCUUCUGCUGCAGCCAGGGAAAACAGGUGGCCAGUAUUUAAGGAAGUCGAGUCCUUCAGGAGCAAAAGCUCAACGCCCCUCUAUAGAAAGCAAGAUCCCAACUCCAAGAGGGGGGCCCAAAUAAAAGCACUGGCAAAACAUAUUCAAAGCCAUGACAGGACAAGUAUUUAUUCCAUCAUCUUAGUAACUGGGCCUACAGUUGUCAAUAGUAAUUUUAAAAGUAUGGGCAACUCGUAUCAUCUUUUUCGUUUGAUGACAUGGGGCUGUUUGUCAGCCUUGAGCAGUGCUCGCCUAGUCUGGCAACUGCAGAAUGUAACUUCUGUGUUAGCUGCCUGUGCAGCACUGUGGUUUUCUAGAUCGCUCACGUUAGAAACACGUUAGCAAAUGAGGCUUGUUGCAGUCACGCAGGCUCCUUUGAUGCAACGAUGAUGUGGGUAUCUUCACAGUACCGUUGUUCACCUGCCAUGACGUGCAGCUAGCCUAAGGCGAAAUGAAAAAUACAUGCGUGUGUAGAAGGAAAGACAUGUCAGUCUCUACAAAGUGCAUAUCUCAGUUAUCUGAAAGACCUUUAUGAUCCUGUAUAGAUGAACUCUUGAGCCAAUUAAUGGGUAAAAUAGAAUUCUGCUUUAUAGAAUUGUUUACUCAUGUGUUUUCUAGAAAAAAAAAAAAAAAGAAAAAUUGCAAUGUAGAUGAGGAAGGCUAUGGUGUUUGUUUUUUCCACUGCAAAUCCUACGGUGUAGAUUUAUUUGCUUCAGUUAGGACAUAUUUAGAAGUAGGGCCAGGAAUUGGAAAGCUUUCUCAGGUGUCCGCUCCACAAGUACAAUGCAGUCAGUCAAAGAAUGAUGCUGUUCUUUGGUGGUUAGCGUAGCCACUGUGCCGAGAUCUCGUGUAUUUUGAUAGUAAGAAAGAUACUAUUUUUAUGUUUACAACAGCUGUCUUUUUCUUCCAUGUAUUUGUCAUGAUAAACUUUGUCAGCUAAAAUGGGACAAAUUUAUAGCUAUUGUGAAAGCUUGCAAGUCCACUUGCAUGCUAGGCUCUAAAACUCUUGGUUCCUUCAUCAGAAAUGGGAAGCGUACACUCUUCUAAAACUGACUGCUAUCCUUAAACACCUCAAAUCAGCUGAAAGCUCUAGCUGACCCUGCAAAGAAAGGAAUGGGAUCAGGGUUGUUAGAAAAUGUUUCUGCUCAUUUUUAAAAUGCUUAGAAACAUUAUUUUGACAGAUAAAUCUGCUCUCCUUUCUCGUAUCAGAGAAAUUAAUUUUAUGAGUUCAAGCAUGUUAAUAAGGUUGAAAUUGAUGUCUCAUCCUUGGGUCUGUGAGGUGCUGGGAGCACAGCAAGACCUGCCUGGUGAGACGUGGCUUUGCUGCGGAAGCCUGGCCUGUACAUCUAUUUCAGUUUUAAGGGCAGCAGAGCAGUACCCAAAGCGCUACCGAACACCCAAGGAUCGGCACCGAAAGCUCAAGGGCUGGUUGGAUAUUGCUGUAGGACGUGCUGUUACGUAGGAAGUACCAUGAAACUGCUGUUCCGUGCUGCUCUCUCGCUGUACACCAAGUGCCUUAUUAGUCCACUUGAGAAAUGGAUUAAGCGCAACUGCAAGAGUCCUGUUCGGUACGUGACAAGAGUAUGUAUUGAUGAAGCUACUGUAAAAAUUAAAAGUUAUGCUUUAAAAAUC